CCUUUCGGAUCGUCGCUGGGGAAGGGGGCGGGGGUGGUGCCUGCUCUUGGGGGAUUCCUGUGCGUCCCGCUACCCUGCCAUCCCCGAACCGCACCACCUAUCUCAGUGUUAUCCACUGGCCUCAUCACUCCUCCCUGUUCCUCCGCCGUGGAGGAGGGACACGCUUUAAGUCCCUCCGGGAGACGCUGAAAAAUGUGUUACAGGAAUAAAUUAAUACAUGAAUGAGACUGAAUAAGUUUGGGAUUCCAGUCCCCAUAGGGCUGCCUGAGAUACCUCCAUUCCCUGACAAAUCCUAGCCCCUUCUCACUUGCUGCCCAAGUAUUCCCUCGGUUGCCCAUCCCCAUCCGCCCCCAGCCAAACCCCUGAGGGAAGGGUGGAAGGGGUGUUCCUCCCCAGAGAUCACAGUGCUCAGGCAUUCUGUCAGACUUAAGAGGGAUCAGCUCCUUCCACAAGAAAGGGAGGUGUUCCUGGGAGGGCCUCCCAUCUUUUCUUCCUUUCUCUGAGCCUUGGGCUCCCAUGUGUGGGCUAGCAGCGAAGGCAGAGAGAAAGAUACAGCCUCGGUGUUGGGUGCUCGGAGUAGGGAGAGGGCCAGAGAAGCCUUUUCCCAUUCACCGGGGCCUGGUGCCUUCCAGGCUGACCAGAGGAGCUCAGUAAUAAUUCAGGGGCUCCAGCUCUUUGGAACCUGUUGCCAGGAAACAGGGAGACAGGCACGUGCAUCCCUGGGGAAUCAGUUUCCAGCCCAGACAAAACAGUGAAAUGUAAGCCUGGGGAACUGCCUGGGGGCCCUGAGACCGUCCCACUGCAAUUCACAGAGGCUAAGUGGGGACACGGGGCAGGGCCCUGUGGAGGGCACAGCAGGUAUGGCUGUAGUCACAGGGGCUCCAGUGUGGGACCUGGGUCCAAGGACUUUGGAAUUGGACUUAGUGAAAGGAAGAGGAUUUUUCCGGAGCCAUUCCAAGAGAUCAAAUUCAAGAACUUCUCGGCCCACGAAGGAGGCCACUGUGGAGAGAGAUGUCUUCAUUAUUCUUAGCCAAUAUGGGUCACAACAAGGGGCUGAGGUGGCAGAGCCGGCUCUGUGUCACCCCCACCCUGGACGACUUUGGAUCGGUUCACUUGCUGGGCACUGUGCCAGCUGGAGAGGCUGGUGCAUCUUUAAUGAAGUCACCAGAUCCCUGGGACAGGCUCUCUGUCUCACCAAGUUUCUAAAGCCAGACCCAUUGGGUGCCCACCGAGCCUCUCACUGCCUUCCUGUGCCUGGGUGCCAGACCCAUUUCCCCUGCAACUAUGAACCAGACCUUCUGGAAAACCUACAAAUCCAAAGUGCUACAGACCCUGAGCGGGGAAUCUGAGGAGGACCUGACAGAAGAGAAGGAGAACCCAGCCUUAGUGGAGCCUGAGACAGCAGAGCCGACCCCAGAGGCCUUGAAUCCCAUGUCACAGCUGGCCCGCCGGGUUCAGGGGGUCGGGGUGAAAGGCUGGCUAACAAUGUCGUCUCUGUUUAACAAAGAAGAUGAGGACAAGCUGCUGCCACCGGAACCCUGUGCUGACCACCCGCUAGCUGCACGGCCCUCGGCGCAAGUGGCGGUGGCCGAGGCAGAGGCAGAGGCGGAGCCGCGCGGGCCAGGAUUCUGGGAUGCGUUCGCCAGCAGGUGGCAGCAGCAGCAGGCCGCCGCGGCGGCUGUGCUGCGCAGCGCGGAACCCACCCCAGAGCGGGUCCCCGAAGCCGGGGAAGAGGCCACGGAGGAGGCCGCCCAGCGCGCGGAGCCACAGGAGGCCGACACGGCUGCUGACUUCAAGUGGGGCUUCCUCACUCACAAACUGGCCGAGAUGAGGUUGAAGGUUGCGCCCAAAGGUGACUAGCCAGACGGCUGAACUGGGCGCCCACUCCUCCCCACCAACAUAAAAAAACCCUGCGCCGACA